CCGGUGGGACAGCCCCCACCCCCAUGGGCGAUGGCACCCAGGCCUGGCCCUUGGGGGUGGGAGGCAGGAUGCAGCAGCCUCCGCGACGCCCUCCCCACCGGCGUCUGACCCGAGCCAGCUGAGGAUGAGCUCUGCUCGCCGGGACCCGCUAGCCCCCGGGCCGGCGGAGAUGUGUAGGCAGCGACCCCUCCCAGAGCAGGCUCGCUCCCGCGGCCUCCCGCUGGGGCCACCCUGGCCGCGAGCCCGCCGGGACGCCCCUGCUGGAGGCCCCCCUCCCGGGGCCGUGGCGCGUCCUCCGAGCCUCGCAGUAUUUCCCUCCUGCACCUUUAAGAAGACCGUUGCUCCGUGGUGGGCUGGUGUGUUAAAGCCACACAGAGGAAGUUACGCAGCCCGGAUCAGACCGAGAGAUAAAAGCCCGGCGGUGAUCGUGUUGUUGCUAAUGAGCUCUCUCCCCUCCCUUCCUACAAUGAAAGACAAGCCUGGUUGGAUUUGAGAACUGAAGCCUCAGACACUUCAUAAUAAGUUGCCGAUGGCCAUGGGCCAAGGUCAGCGGGCCCCCAUUAGUGCCUCUCCUCACCAGAGUCCAGCCACAUGACCUUCACCCGGUUAACGCCUCCAGAGCAUUCGUAUUUUUCCGGCCAGCCACACGGUUGCUGUUUCUUCCAACCCAUAUGAAAAGAAACCUCUUUUAUUGGUCUGAGACGCUGUCCAGUCCCAAAGAGAAACUUGCUUCCUCCUCCCGUGUCCACCUCCUGAUUUUAUCUUAUCUUUACAACGCAGGCCGGAGGGUCCUUCUGCAGUUGCGUGGCGCAUACCACACCUUAAAGGCCCAUUGAAGCCCUGGAUUGAUUGGAAGGACAAAAAUUAAAAGCAAUCUGAUCCGGCCUCAUGCCAGAUCCCUGCGGAUCGUCUCCCUAUCCCAUUUCCAUCCACUGUCACAAUUUGAGAGUCUGCCCGUUUUGAUCAGAUGCACCUCUUGGGAGAGGUGUAAUGCCAAGGUUAACAGGACACCAAGUCGUGGGCAACUUUUUGAUCUGCCCAUCAGCAGUCUGAGAAACGCUGGCUCUGAAUUUUCCACCUCAGCCUUUUGGAAAAAGCAAGUUCCUCGCUGUUUGAACACCGCCAGUGCUCCAGUCCGUGGGACACCCCGGCCACCGUUGCUCAGUAAAUGUGGCAUUUCCAUGCUGAGGUUGCAAGUCCCACCUGACCGGGUCACUGCCUCUCCAGGGCCUCUCGGGGCCACUCCCCAGAGGACUCCGCAGCCAUGCUGCACCUGCUGGCACUCUUCCUGCGCUGCCUCCCACUGGCCUCUGGGAACUAUGACAUCUGCAAAUCCUGGGUGACCACGGACGAGGGCCCCACCUGGGAGUUCUACGCCUGCCAGCCCAAGGUGAUGCGCCUGAAGGACUACGUCAAGGUGAAGGUCGAGCCCUCAGGCAUCACAUGCGGAGACCCCCCUGAGAGGUUCUGCUCCCAUGAGAACCCGUACCUGUGCAGCAAUGAGUGCGAUGCCGCCAACCCAGACCUGGCCCACCCGCCCCUGCUCAUGUUCGACCAGGAGGACGAGGGGCUGACCACGUACUGGCAGAGUGUCACGUGGCGCCGCUACCCGAGCCCGCUGGAGGCCAACAUCACCCUUUCCUGGAACAAGAGCGUGGAACUGACGGAUGACGUGGUGGUGACCUUCGAGUACGGCCGGCCCACCGUCAUGGUCCUGGAGAAGUCCCUGGACAACGGGCGCACGUGGCAGCCGUACCAGUUCUAUGCCGAGGACUGCAUGGAGGCCUUCCACAUGCCCGCCCGCCGGGCGCGGGACCUGGCAUCCUCCAGUGCCCACCGGGUGCUGUGCACCGAGGAGUACUCGCGCUGGGCCGGCUCCAAGAAGGAGAAGCACGUUCGCUUCGAGGUGCGGGACCGCUUCGCCAUCUUCGCCGGCCCUGACCUGCGCAACAUGGACAACCUCUACACCCGGCUGGAGAGCGCCAAGGGCCUCAAGGAGUUCUUCACCUUCACGGACCUGCGCAUGAGGCUACUGCGCCCCGCCCUGGGCGGCACCUAUGUGCAGCGGGAGAACCUCUACAAGUACUUCUACGCCAUCUCCAACAUUGAGGUCAUUGGCCGGUGCAAGUGUAACCUGCACGCCAACCUGUGCUCUGUUCGGGAGGGCAGCCUGCAGUGCGAGUGUGAGCACAACACCACCGGCCCGGACUGUGGCAAGUGCAAGAAGAACUUCCGCACGCGCUCCUGGCGGGCAGGCUCCUACCUGCCGCUGCCCCACGGCUCACCCAAUGCGUGUGCCGCUGUGGGCUCCGCCUUUGGCAACUGCGAGUGCUACGGCCACUCCAACCGCUGCAGCUACAUCGACUUCCUGAACGUGGUGACCUGCGUCAGCUGCAAGCACAACACGCGUGGCCAGCACUGUCAGCACUGCCGUCUGGGCUAUUACCGCAACAGCUCCGCGGAGCUGGACGACGAGAACGUCUGCAUUGGUGAGGGGCAGUGCCCGUAA